AUGGAACCCGAGUUGAGCAGCCAAGCGCUCCGGGAGGUGUGCGCCGCGGGCGGCUGCCUGGCCCAGGACGCGCUUGCUCGGCGGUUGCAUCGCCGGGAGGGCUCCAAGCGCCUGGCCCGGGUGCUGGAGAACUCCACGAAGUUUGCGCUGGUCACCCGGGUGGUGGCGGCGGCGGCUGGCGGCGGAGAAGAGCAGCGGGUGGUGCUGGGCGUCACCGGGGCGCGCCUCUGCCGGGAACAUGGCGGGGGCCAGUGCGCCGGACAGUGCGGCCAGUUCCAUCUCUGCCGCUACUUCGUGUACGGGGGGUGCCGGCAUGACGGCUCCAGAAAACAAUGCAAAUUCAUCCAUGACGUUCAUUCUCCACAUAAUCUGAGUGUCCUCAAAGAGCAUGGGUUGGAAGGUUUGACCAGUGAAGAGUUACGUCACCUGCUGCUUCAGAAUGAUCCUUCACUACUCCCUGAGAUAUGCACAUACUAUAACAAAGGAGAUGGACCUUUUGGGUCCUGUACCUUUAAGAAGAUCUGUAUCAAACUUCAUGUAUGCCAAUACUACCUCCAGGGAAUAUGCAGGUUUGGAAGUGACUGCAAACACUCACAUAACAUUUGUGAUCCUGAAUGUCGUGAGAAGCUGGAAAAGUGGGGUUUGAGCCAAAUCAUAAUUGGUAAACUUCCCUUGAUCUACAGGAACAUGUAUGACAUCAAACACAACACAACAUUAACUUGCAAAGAAAGAAGGAGCAGUGGUCAGGCUCCAUUGAGGACAAACAUCAGUGAAGAAUCGGAUAUGAUUUGCUUGUACCACAUUAGGAAAAGUUGUAGCUUCCAAGAUAAAUGUAUCCGUGUUCACUUCCAUUUACCAUACAGAUGGGAACUCUUAGAUGGUACCCAAUGGAAGGAGCUGCCUUUAAUGGAGGACAUUGAAAAGCACUACUGUGACCCCUUUAAUGAAAGGUUUGCCUGCAGUGGUGUUAAAAAACUGACCAUUGACUUCAUCAGUAUGACUUGUGACUGGACCCAAGUUAGACGCCUCUCCACAGCAUCCUCUGUGACCAAGCCCCCUCACUAUAUCCUUACUACAGAAUGGCUCUGGUAUUGGAAUGAUGAGUAUGGAGUGUGGCAUGAAUAUGGGAAGCAGGAUGUUGACCACGAUGCCGCCUCGGUAAACAGCCUUGACCUUGAGAAAGCCUAUCAGUCUGAAGCCUCUCCAACCUUCCACUUCACAGCUGGGAAACAGAAUUAUGUGCUAGAUUUCAAAGCCAUGAAACAGAAAAACAUUCGUUACCUGACAGAACGAGAAGUUCGUAGACGACCUAAGUUUGUGUCUCUAAAAGAAAUAGAGAAGAAGAAAACCAGUGGGGCUGAGCUAUCGAAGGCAGGAGAAGGAGCUACAAACAUUCCAAGUCAUUGGGACCGGUCAGCCUUACCGGAGCUGGGAUAUAAGCUGAUCACACUUACCUCAUCAUCGAAUGAAUAUAGAAAAGUCCAGGUUAACUUUGAGCGCACAAUGUCAAAGGCAAAAAUUAUAAAGAUCAAGAGAAUUCAGAAUCUGGCUCUCUGGGAAGUGUAUCAAUGGCAGAAAGAACAAAUGAAGAAGGCAAAUGGAGGAAAGGAUGUAGAUGAAAAACUGCUGUUCCAUGGGACAACCAAAAAACACGUUGAUGCUAUCUGCCAGCAGAACUUUGACUGGAGGAUCUGUGGAGUUCAUGGUACUGCUUAUGGCAAAGGAAGCUACUUUGCAAGGGAUGCUUCAUAUUCUGAUAAUUACUGCAAAUAUGAUUUACUCUACAAGACAAUGUUUCUGGCACGUGUGUUGGUGGGGGAGUUUACCAAUGGUUUAUCUAACUAUCUCCGUCCUCCUGCCAAAGAGAACCAGAACACUACUUUCUAUGACAGCUGUGUGAAUAGCAUCCAUAGCCCGUCCAUCUUUGUCAUUUUUGAAAAGCAUCAAAUUUAUCCUGAAUACCUGAUAGAAUAUUUCAUUUAGGUUGAACUUAUUGUAGACUGUUGGUUUUUUCUAUUUUGCAGAAGUCUAAAUGAAGUCUCUUGCAUAAUCCAACUAGUGCAUACUCCCAUGGCAUGGUUUUUUCCCCUGUAAGUCCAGUGCAUACUGCAUGAAUUUUCACUUAAUACCCUCAUGUUUUGAUGAAGCUGACAUGUAACGUAGCUGCAUCAAUUGGGCAUUCCUUUCAGUAAUUUCUAGCACAACUUCUGGGUUAUCUUAUGCAUCAUUGCCACUGAUUGGGAUAUUUUUGCAAUCACGUAUAAUCAUUCACUUCCUCAAUUUGGAGGUCACUUCCUGUGAACUCAUGCUGUAGAGGAGUUGGUCUGUAAAACCUCAGGUAUGUAAGGCCACAAAUGCAACCCAACCUCCCCUCCUUGUAUAUGUUCCUUAAAGCUUAAUGUGAGCACCCCUUGCACUUUUAAUGGCAGAACAUCAGAGACGUAAUUAUAAAUGGAUCUGUGUUAACCAUUAGAGAUCUACAGUACAACUGCUUGUUCUUUGCCUUGUCCCAAACAUCUGCCUCCCAUGAUACUUCUAGAACUAGAACUGCCUUUUAUUUUACUCAGACUACUCAGAUUCUUUUGUCUACCUCUUAAAGAAAUAUAACUAGGACUUUUCUUCCUUGAAAUUUGUUUUGCAUUAAUUUUCCUGUAGCCUUUGUGGUAAGUGCUCUCCAUUUUAAAAUCCAGAUUUUAAUGAAAAAGCAACAAUUGUCAUUUUUAAUGAAGCACUCAUUUUUUUAAAAAAAAUACAUACUCUGGCUUCAGAGAAAGGUAAUUGUAAUACUGCAGGGUGCGCUGGAUAUUGCUACACAACCAUUGUGAUUGUGGUCCUAGAUUGAGCAGAAAUCUGUAUACCUCUCUGAAUAUUGUGAAGGACCAUUGAAAAGCCUGACUUGUCUAUUUGUUAUGUUAAAAUUAUUCUUUUAAUGCAAUGGAUAUGUGUAGGUUGGCCUAUGAUGUGGGUUCCUUAUGGUUACCAGAGAUCUCCUUAACUGGAAGCCCAUUUUAGCUCUAAAAACUUAUGAGAUUUUGAGGUUCAAGUGAAUAUCACUUGACUUACUCUUUUCUCGCAAUGUAGCUGGUUCCCCUCAAAUACAAAUUAAAGAGUUAUGAAUUUGAA